AUUUUCGUUUUAAUUCUUGUGAUUAAGAAAAUGAAAACAAUGCAAUUUUGUUUUUCCAACUCCUUUACAGUUUCAUCUGCCCAUUUUCCCUUUAUAUUUUCCUCUUCAUAUUCCUAACCCUUCUCCCAAACUUCUCUGUUCAUCGUUUUCUCUCUCUCCAGUUAUAAUAAAUAUCUUCACAUACCAUUCUCUGAAUCCAUCUCUCCCAUUAAAAAAAUCGUUCAAGAUCAAAAAGGGUUUAAGGUUUCUAGAGGAGAGAAAAAAAAUGGAGACGUUUUGUGGUUUUCAGAAGGAAGAAGAGCAGAUGGAUUUACCUCCAGGGUUCAGGUUUCAUCCAACGGAUGAAGAACUCAUAAGUCACUAUCUCCACAAGAAGGUUCUUGACAUCAGCUUCUCAGCCAAAGCUAUUGGUGAAGUUGACUUGAACAAAUCAGAACCAUGGGAGUUACCAUGGAUGGCAAAAAUGGGUGAGAAAGAAUGGUACUUCUUCUGUGUGAGAGACAGAAAAUAUCCAACCGGUUUGAGGACUAACCGGGCAACUGAAGCCGGUUAUUGGAAGGCGACCGGGAAGGAUAAGGAGAUUUACCGUGGUAAAUCCCUUGUUGGGAUGAAGAAGACACUUGUUUUCUAUAGAGGAAGAGCUCCUAAAGGUCAGAAAACGAAUUGGGUGAUGCAUGAGUAUAGGCUUGAAGGCAAACUCUCUGCUCAUAAUUUACCUAAAACCGCAAAGAAUGAAUGGGUGAUAUGUAGGGUGUUCCAGAAGAGUGCUGGAGGGAAGAAGAUCCCUAUUUCAAGUCUAAUCCGAAUCGGUUCACUCGGAACCGACUUUAGCCCUUCCCUUAUGCCUUCUUUAACCGAUGCUUCACCUUUCAACGAUAAAACCAAAACAGAACCGGUUUACGUGCCCUGCUUCUCCAACCAAACUGAUCAAGCCCAAGGAAACCCACUUAACUGCUUCAGCAGCCCUGACAUUUUCCACAGGAUUCCACUCUACCAAACUCAAUCCCUCCAGGUCUCUGGUAAUCUACAGAGUCCCAUUCUUGGUCAAGAACAUUCGGUCCUGCAUGCUAUGAUUGAUAACAACAGAAGGCAGAGUCUCAAAGGGAUGAGUGUCUCACAAGAAACCGCAGUUUCUACUGACAUGAACACCGAUAUUUCGUCGGAUUUUGAAUACGGUAAAAGACGUGCUCAAGAAGAUCCGUCGUCCUCUGCUGGACCUGUUGAUCUUGAACCUUUCUGGAAUUACUGAAGAAGAUUCAAGAGUCUCGUGUUCACUAAUUUACUGUCAUAAAGAAAGUAAGAAAA